ACUGCGCGGCUGAGCGCUGCCUAAUGAAAGCGGAGACGCUGGUUAUUAUUAUUGUCUUCGUGAUCCCAGCCGUGGCUUUGGGAUCUCGACCGGUUGCCGUGCACGUUUUUCAAAGUGUUGUCAAAAUAGCCGACGGAUUGGCGCUGCGCGGCAAACGGAGGCUCCGCCCAUCUGUUCUCCACCACCCACCCAUCUGAUGUUAUUCAGAGCUUUCAGUUAUUUUCCCACAUCGAGGGUCAUCCGCAGCGUAGUCCACCCAUGGGCGUUAGGUGACUGCUGUGAGACAGAGAUGGUGUCUCCGCUUGCUGGAGCUCACUGGCGUGACUUUUCUGGGACUGGUGGCACCGUUGUUUUUCCGGGUUGGACUGAACAAACAGUUCUCUCCUCGGCUAAAUGACCAUAAUGGUCUUGGCAUGUGUCGGCAGGGCUUUUUAGUGUUCCUUGGUGCCGGUCCAGAUUGCAUCACGGGGCCGGUCACACGCACGGACUGAUGUUAUGUUUACCGUGGAGGGCAUUCACACAUGAAAAUGUACCCAUUUAGUGCAUGCGUUGGAACAAUGGGCGACAGAAAUAACGUCCGGUACACACUGUGGGAUGGUGCUAUGCUGCUUUCAGGAUUACAUUCGCUUCUUUUAAAUGUUAUGCGUGGAACCCUUUUUCCAAAUUGUACCGCCAGCUCAUAACUUCUCUGUGUUUUUUUGUGUGUGUCAUCUACAGUCCAAUAAAGUCCCGGUGGUGCAGCAUGGCCACCAUGUCCACCCACUGACACCCCUCAUCACCUACAGCAAUGAACACUUCUCCCCCGGCACGCCGCCGUCACACCUCUCCCCCGAGAUCCUUGACCCAAAGACAGGUAUUCCUCGGACACCUCACCCGUCAGAGCUCUCUCCGUACUACCCGCUGUCCCCUGGGGCUGUCGGUUCCAUCGCACACCCUCUCGGCUGGUUCAUGCAACAGCAGGGCCAGCCCAUGUACUCCAUCCCUCCGGGGGGAUUCCGUCACCCCUAUCCGACGCUAGCAAUGAACGCAUCCAUGUCCAGCUUGGUGUCCAGCCGUUUCUCCCCUCACAUGGUGUCUCCUUCGCCCCACGGCCUCCACCAGACCGGCAUUCCCCAUCCCGCCAUCGUCUCCCCGGCCAUCAAACAGGAGCCCAGCGACAUGAGCCCCUCGAUGCAUGCCAGGAAAUCCCCAGUUCCUCCCAAGAAAGAAGAAGACAAGAGGCCGCAUAUCAAGAAACCGCUGAAUGCUUUCAUGCUGUAUAUGAAGGAGAUGAGAGCCAAAGUGGUGGCAGAGUGCACCCUGAAAGAGAGCGCCGCCAUCAACCAGAUCCUCGGAAGACGGUGGCAUUCCCUGUCGAGAGAGGAGCAAGCCAAAUACUACGAGCUGGCCAGAAAAGAGCGGCAACUCCACUCUCAGCUCUAUCCAGGCUGGUCAGCAAGAGAUAACUACGGAAAGAGGAAAAAGAGGAAGAGGGACAACAAACCCGACUCAAAACCCGAAGACUUCUCCAUCAGGAGCAAGAAGCAGUGCGUGCAGUACCUCCCCUCGGAUAAGAUGUGUGACAGCCCGGCGUCGUCCCACGGCAGCAUGCUGGACUCGCCGGCCACCCCCUCCGCGGCCUUGGCCUCCCCGGCUGCCCCCGCCGCCACUCACUCCGAGCAGGCCCAGCCGCUGUCGCUCACCACCAAACCGGAGGGACGCAUGCACCACCACUUCUCCCUACCUGGGAAGGCAUCUGGAUCCACAUCCUCUUCUUCCUCCUCCUCCUCCUCCUCCUCUUCUUCCUCCUCCUCCUCCUCCCACACCCACCUCUCAAUCCCAAUUGGUACUUCGGGUAGCCACUCGACCACACCCAUCCUCACCCGGCCAAUCCCGUUCACAUCCCUGCACCCCUCCAUGCUCUCCCCCCCUUCCCCCUUUCAUCAGGCAGCCCUUCACUCCCAUCAUGCCCUGUUCCAGUCGCAGCCCCUCUCCCUGGUUACCAAACCAACCGAAUGAAUUCACAAAAGAAAAAUGGCUCCCAUUUUAUUGUGCUGUAUAUUGCUUUUCUUUCAAAUAGAUAUUAGAUCAGCUUUUUUUCUAAAUAAUGAAAAGGACAAAAUAUUAUUGGUCAAUAUUUGACUUACUCCUUUUCUACAACUCUGAAUGAAAACUAAAUGUAUUUUUUGUAAAGUUUACUGCAGAACUGGUUUCUUUUUGAUGCAUUUAUCCAAUGAACCUCUUGUAUAAAAGAACCAAUGUACAUAAAGUUUCUUUAUAAAAAAAAAAGGAACAAAAACAUGUUAUCUUUUUAGCCGAAACCUGAUUAAUGUUAGUAUUAAGUUGAAGUCAUAGUACCGGCCAAUAAUUGCAGCUCCCUUUUCAAUUGACGAGUGUGUGACCCCUUUUCUUUGACAUGUUAAAUA